AUGGAUGCUGUUUUGUUUAGUAAAUUAAGAAGAAGAGUUAGAGGAAUGAGUAUUCGAUUAGCUAGACAAAUUAUGAAAACUGCUGAUAGGGACCAGGAUGGACAUAUUGACAUGAGAGAGGCUGCUAUGAUAGCAUUUGAACAAGAAGGUAUUGGAGCAGGGGAAGUUGUUGAAAUGCUUGCUAGUGUGGAUGAUAAUAAUGAUGGACAAUUAAAUGCACCAGAAUUUGCUGAUUUUGAGAGAAUUGUUCGAGCCAAAGCUGUCGAAACAUCAAAAAAAGCUUUAAAAGUAGUUGAUACAGAUGGAAGUGGAACUUUAACAAUGGAUGAAGCUAAGAAAAUAGCUUUUGAUCAUUAUGGCUUUGAUGAGGCUACUUUAGAACCCUUUUUUGCCCAAGCAGAUGAGAAUGAAGAUGGUCAAUUAGAUGCUGUUGAAUUUGCUGGUUUCCGUUCGGUAAUUAGAGGCAGGGCAGUCAAAAAUGCGUUAAUGUUGCUUCCGGAAAUGGAUGAGGAUGGUGACGGGGUGAGUGCGGGGAAAAAUAAAUCAGAAUUAAAAUUCUGA